CAAAGUACAGGAGAACAUUACAUAAGGCUUUUACAAGAAGAAUAUUUUCAGAUGGUAUACAUCCACGCCAGUCGUUACAUACAGGAACAUUUUUGAUAUUAUGGGAUGGUAAAACUAUCAGGAAAUUAUUACCAAAGUUCUUCGAAAAAAAUAUUUCAUCUCUGCAGCAAAGACUCACAGUCACGUGAUCUGGAAGAAAUGUUAAACAAAAAGGUAACAAAGAAAGAACAAAUAUCAGACGGUACCAGCCAAAGAUUCAAUAUGGAAAAUUCAGAUCCCAAUUUUCCACGUGAUACUGAUUUCUCAUGUGAUCUUUGUAUCUUAUACAAAAUUGUCUAAUUCACGUGUAGUACUGGAUUUCCAAUAUUCCCUUCUUCAAAAAUAUGAACAUUUCCG